AUGGCUUUCCUAGCGCACCUAAACCCGUUCGCGCGCAACCCCCCCGCCGACAUCUCCUACCCGCCGCAGCCCCCGUUCAGCCCCACCCUGGACCCCGCCGCCGCGAAGCUCGCCCUCCACACGCCCUUCCAGCCGCACUCCCUCCUCACGCUAACGCUCCUCCCGCCGCACCCCGCGCCGAAAACACAACCGCCCGCGCCGGUGGCCGUGUGCGUACAACCCACCCGCCCGCGGCACCCGCCCUCCACCACCUCCUCCACAGCAUCGGCAAUAACAACCACAACAACCCUCUUCAUAACCCACAACCUCACGCGCACCGUCGCCGUCGCCCUCGACCCCACCCGCGCCGUCGGCGACCCCGCGCGCUACGUGCUGAAGCUGUAUUACACCACGCCCGCGUCGCUCUGGCGCCGCGCGCACGAGCUCGACGCCUACGCGCACCUCGCCUGUCUGCAGGGCGCCGAGCUGCCGUGGUACUUUGGCGAGUAUGCGGCGGCGGGCAUGCCGCGCGGGGGGUGCAGCGUUGUGGUGCUUGAGAUGAUUCUGCCGGGCACGACGGUGGCGGCGUUGAUGGCGCGGCUUGGGGCGCUGCCGGUCGCGGUGGGGGAUGCCGUGGAGGAUCGGCAGGCGCGGUGGGAGCGGGCGCAGAUGCGGCUAAGGGUGAUGGAGCUGCAUAGUAGUGCGACGCGGGCGGUGGACCGCGUGGAGGCGUGUGCGGCGGGGCAUCACGGGUUGGGAGGGGCGAACAUGGUUGUCAGUGGGACGGGGAGGGGGGGCGAUGAGGAGGUGGUGGUGAUGGUGGGCUGGGGGAGUUCCAUGGUGGAGGGGGUGAGGGGCGGGUGGAGGGGCGAGUGGUGGAGUGGGGUGCAUGCGGCGUUUUUGGAGGGGGGCGGGGAGGGGGAGGGGUGGGGGUGA